AUUAAAUAAACUUGGUUACGUUGGAGUUGGUCUGUUGAACAUCAGCAGGCAAAUAGUGAUCAACAUUAUCUUUAACAUAUUAUAUUCAACGGAACGGUCAACAUACAAAUGCUCUGAUGGAGACAAUAGGAAAGCAGUUUUAUAGAGGCAUGAAGAUCAAAUGGCCAUUUCUACUUUUGUGUUCAGGGAUUGUUAUGUACUGUGUUUACUUGGACGUGGCUUCGGAGAACUACAGAACCAUGAGAUACGCAAAUUAUUUGACUGUUCGAUUGACAGGCAACACUUCUCAAGUGAUUCCUUCUCUGAAUAAUACAGAAGCAGAUACAGCUACCGCUGUAAAAGGCCUACAUUAUCCUAAAGUACCACAACCUAGAUGGUUUGAUGUUAAUUCUACGAUUGCCGGGUCCGUAUAUAUCAAUCAUGCAGACGUUACUUCAACUGGCAAUUCUAUAAUUACCAAACCUGCAACAAUUAAUAAAGUGAGUGUUAACCAUGCAGAUGUUCAGCCAAAUUGUAAACCACAUGAAACUGUUGUGUUCUUGAAGACGCACAAGACAGGUAGUUCGACACUUACCACUACCCUUGAAAGGUACGGAUACAAAAGAAAUUUAUCAAUCGCAAUACCAAAACGCAAUUUGCAUAUUAUCAGUUCCGGCUAUUUUAAUCCAUCCCAAGUUUACCCUGGAAAAUUCGACAUGCUGGUAAACCACGUGAGAUUCAAAAAGUCUGAAAUGCAGAAAGUGAUGAAGCCGAACGCCAAAUACUUCACCAUCAUUAGGGACCCUAGGACCCAGAUCGAAUCUGUCUUCGGGUACUUUCUAUUAUUCAAAGGUUUUAGACUUCCAGAAGAAAAUGCUUUUAAGACAUUUAUAUCUAGACCACAGUAUUACUGGGAUAGAUACCCAUCCUUUGCAAUGCGAAAUCACCUCAAAAACCCAAAUCUUUAUGAUCUUGGUCUUGAGACCAGAGAUCAGGAAAAUACAGUGCUUGUUGAUAAGGCUAUUAAACGUAUUGCUAGCGAAUUCGAUCUUGUUCUUAUCCAAGAAUAUUAUAAUGAAUCUUUAUUACUUUUAAAGAAAUUGUUGUGCUUUAGCUUUGAAGAUAUAUUGUACAUACCUAAAGGAGUUCGAAGUUCUAAGCGACGUUAUACACUUUCGGGUGCAUUGCGUGAAUCAAUCAACAAGUGGAGCUGGGCAGAUGCGAAACUUUAUGCUCAUUUCAACAAAACAUUCUGGGAACGAGUUAAAGAAUAUGGGCCUACGUUUCAAGAGGAUUUAAAAUAUUUCGAGUAUAGACUUGAAGAAACGCGUAAAAACUGUACAAUUGAAAAUGCUACCAAAGAUAACUCUGCUCAUCGCGAAUCAUUUUUAGUGCUUCAUCCAAAGGCAGAUAAGAGUUGUCUAUUAAUGAUGAAGUCUGACCCAGACAUGACGAAAUUAAUACGAGUAAAGCAAUAUGGAAAUAUAUCUAGGAGAAUAUAUAAUAAGUCAAAAUCAGUAGUAGGGAAAGUUAAAAGUAGGAUAUCGAUACCCGACCGACGAAAGAUAUCGAUUCCCAACCGACGAAGGAUAUCGAUGUCCGUCCGACGUAGGAUGCAUACUUUAAAGACACAAUUUAAAGAGACCUAGGCCUAUAUACAUUUAUUAUGAAAAUAAAAGGUUGUGCUCUACUUUUAUUAUGAAAAUAACAGCUUAUUUUUUUAAGUAAAGUUAAAGAUAUAUCCUACUGCCUGUAUUGAGCUAAAAGUAAUUAAAUUCAAUUUCAUAUUUGAAUUUGCUUAAUUUUUGAAAAUUGUAAGUAAUCUAAACUUGCAAGUAAAAAUUCAAAUAAGAAAAUCCCCGCACUGGUACUGGUAUAGGCAUUUAGAAUGCGCCUCUUCCUUGAGGUUAUGAAGCGCAGUUGUUUUCACUGGUCAUUGGGUCCACAUGUUUUAAGUGUUGCUGAUAAUAUAAAAUAAACCAUGUAGGUAUUAUAGUAAUAUCUUUAUGGAUAAACUUUAUAAUAAUGUUGCAGUUCUGUGCCAUAAAACUAUAUCAAUGAUCCGCUUCGUCUGCUAUCGAAAAUCAGCGGGCGGCAUGGCAUGUUAAGUGCUCACAGAGAGCGGAGAUUCGAUUCGUCGGUCGAAGGUCGUACAACGCAAGUGUUUACAUGGCUAUACAUCCAGCAUGUGUCCAGUACU